AUGGCCACUGCUGCACCCUCUCAGGUGCGCCAGAACUACCACAGCACCUGUGAGGCCGCCGUCAACAGCCUGAUCAACCUGGAGCUCUACGCCUCCCACGUGUACUUCUCCAUGGCCUUCUACUUCGACCGCGACGACGUGGCCCUGGAGCACUUCUCCCGCUACUUCCUGCGCCUGUCACGCGAGGAGAGGGAGCGUGCCGAGAAGCUGAUGGGCCUGCAGAACCUGCGCGGUGGCCGCAUCUGCUUUGGCGAGGUCCAGAAGACCGACUGCGACGACUGGGAGGACGGGCUGCAGGCCAUGGAGUGCGCCUUCCACCUGGAGAAGAGCAUCAACCAGAACCUCCUGGAGCUGCACCAGCUGGCCAUCAAGAAGGGCGACGCCCAGCUCUGCGACUUCCUGGAGAGCCACUACCUGCACGAGCAAGUCAAGAUCAUCAAGGAGCUGGGUGGUUACCUCACCAACCUGCGCAAGAUGGGGGCCCCGGAGGCCGGCCUGGCGGAGUACCUCUUCGACAAGCUCACCCUGGGCGACCGGGACAAGGAGAACUGA